UUGAAUAUUGUGUGUUAUUUCUGCAUUGUAUUAUACUUUUAUGUAAAGCACUCUGGGUGUUGUAAAGACCUAUGCAAUGACUGAUUGGUUGAAACACAAAAAGCAGCAAAAUGGGAUGCACACACAGCUCAGCAGCAACUAUUAAAAAAAAGAGAAAAAUCCUGCAGACAUUAUCAGAAGAAAUACUGCAGAAGGAGAGGAACACAGGUAUGAAGGGGAAAGGGAGGAGCCAGCAGGUGACAGGGGAGGAGAAGAUGUUCAUGACUUUCAGGCAGACUAUAGGGGGUAAAGCUGGGGGGAAUCAGUAAGACAGUGAGUGACUAUGGCUCCUCAGCUCUACCUCAGUGUGUACAAAGAGCAGUUCGGCUCCCCACAUGGAGCGAAGAGAGCACCACUGCGACCCACCUCUGCCCACCGUAGGAACAACCCCCAGCCUCGGCCGGACUUUCUGUUUCCCCGGAGCCUACAGCCCAGCUACAAGUCAACACGCUCGCUUCCACACCCCUCGCCUCCUGUGGACUUUGACCGUCCUCUCUUCCCUCCUGUCACACAUUUCUCAUUUCACAGUCCAGUUACAGCUGGCCCUGGCAACUAUCUGAGAAGUGCAGAGGCAGGAAAACCCCAGCACAUGCCUCCUGUCAACGCAGCUCUGCCCUCUGCUGACAAACUGCAGAAACUGCAGCUCACCGAGCCUCCUGCCGCCACUGGAGUUCACUUCCAUUCAGCUCUGAAGGAGCCACAAAGGAGAACAGACUAUCUGAGAAAUGUGCAACCAAUCUCAGAGCGACUCAGGCAACGUGCAGGUGCUCAGCAUCGGACAAGACCUCAAACCAGCAAUCCUUCAGGAACUCAGCACCAAUUUCCACGAGCACAAUAUGACACGACUCACUCUAAUAGCCCUCUGGAUCAUAGUAGCAGGUGCUACAGCUGCUUCCAUGUGGUGAAGCCCUUUCAAGCCGGACACUUCAUCAUCCACCCGGAGUUUGUGUCUGAAUGCCUUCCUUAGGACUACUACACCACCGGCUUACAAAGUGGGACACUUACGGUGGGGGUGGAGAGGUCCUUGAGAUGGCUUCCACACCUAAAUGAAGAAUCAUUAACUUCAUAAUUGUUUAAUUCCUCGCUAAUUAACCCAGUGAGACGACGAGUAAGAAUGAAUAAUGUAACUGUAGAAUGCACCCCUUCUGCUAUUAUCCCUUUGUGGACGUGUUUGCAGUAGUGUACUUAAUCAGCAGAGAACUUGGCAUAAGGGGCUUUGGCUCUAAUGUGUAUCUGCAUAUGAUAUUAAAGUUGUACUCUGCUAA